ACAGCCCGAUCAGGAAGCGCUGCUUUUUGCCCUGCGAGAGGAAUUCAGAGCCAGGAAACGGCUGUGUCCUUGAUCCCCGCGGGUCCUGAAGGGCUGGCUUCAGCAGGCCGCCGGCCGGGCCUGGGCCUCAGCCGUGUCUCCUCCGCGGAAGGGUGGCAGCUGCUGGGGGCCCGGGCUCGGGGCUGGGUGAGGGGCUCGGAGCACACACGGCUGCCACCCGGUGACCCACUUGAGCCCAGAAACCCGAGGCGGUGCUUGGGUUGAUUUCAGCAGGACCGGGCAGCAGCCGGAGCAGUGGAGAGCCGGGGCUUUCAGCUCGGGUCGGGGCGCACACCCGGCCCCGUUCUCGGUGCUGGCGGCCGGCGGUCCGAUCCCCGCGUCUGGAAAGCCGGGCUGUUGCGGCGCCCUGACCUUUGGUGCCUGUGAGGACCGAGGAGGCUUGAGAGGCGCCUGGCAGGCUGGAGCUCGGAGCUGCGUGGCCACACGGGGGGUGCUCCGAGGGGGGUUUCCCAGCACGUCCCAGACGGUCGAAGGCCUGGCCCGCCUGCUGGAGAGCGCGCGCUCACACCCAGCCCUGCUCGCUCCCGCAGCCGUCGUUACAGGUGUCCACCCCGGCCUCCCGGAACUCGAGGGACCAGGGGCUCCUUGGGAGGGGACCUCAGAGAGCUCGCCUCCGAGCUCACUGUACCGAUGAGGAGCAGCUUGCCGUGAUCUCUUGGGAGAGCUGGAUCUCGGGCGCCAUCUCUGGUCCUUGAGCCAGGCUGCCCGCCACCGCCCCUCCACAGAGACGCAGACUCCAGCCGUCCCUCUCCUGCUGCCUGCUUCCUGCCACGCCGGCAGCUCCCACCAUGGCCAGUUUGCUCUCUCGGGAUGGGUUUUCAGAACAAGCAUGCAAAGCCCAUCUACGGCGGCUGGCUGCUCCUGGCUCCGGAUGGGACUGACUUUGACAACCCAGUGCAUCGCUCUCGGAAGUGGCAGCGGAGGUUCUUCAUCCUGUAUGAGCACGGCCUUCUGCGCUACGCCCUGGAUGAGAUGCCCACGACGCUACCCCAGGGCACCAUCAACAUGAACCAGUGCUCGGACGUGGUGGACGCGGAGGGCCGGACCGGCCAGAAGUUCUCCCUGUGCAUCCUGACGCCCGAGAAGGAGCAUUUCAUCCGCGCGGAGAACAAGGAGAUCAUCAGCGGGUGGCUGGAGAUGCUCAUGGUCUACCCCAGAACCAACAAGCAGAACCAGAAGAAGAAACGAAAAGUGGAGCCUCCCACGCCGCAGGGCCCGGGGCCCGCCAAGGUGGCCGUCACCAGCAGCAGCAGCAUCCCCAGCGCCGAGAAGGUGCCGCCCAGCAAGGCCACACUCUGGCAGGAGGAGGUGCGGGCCAAGGACCAGUCCGAGGGCAGCAGCCGGAGCCCCGUGCAGAGCCCAGGCCAGGGCCAGCCGCCGGCCACCGGCACCACCAGGGAGCCAGGGCUGGAGAGCAGAGAAGAGGACAGUGCCAUGGCCAGCGAGCGAAUGGCCUGCGGCCGCAAAGUCCGGGCAGAGAGUGGCUACUUCUCUCUGGAGAAGACAAGGCAGGACUUGACGGCCGAGGAGGAGCAGCUGCCCCCACCGCUCUCCCCGCCCAGCCCCAGCACCCCCAACCGCAGGUACAGUCACCCCAAGUCUCCCCGCCAGGAGAUGGGCCGUCCCCUCCCUCCCCCAGGCCCUCGAGCCGCCAGCCGAAGGGUCUGCAGCGUCUCCCUCAGCUCUGCGGAUGCCGCUGGCCGGCCCCCCGCACCCCUGGACGCCAGCACUGGGGUGCAGGGUGCGGCGACGCCGGGGUGCAGCCCUGCUUUCCGAGCCGGCUGGCAGUAUGCCACCCUUGCCGACGUCCCGAGGGCCGUCAGGAUCAGCCACCGAGAGGCCUUCCAGGCAGAGAGGAGACGGCUGGAGCGCAGGGCCCGCGCCCGCAGCCCCGGCCGCGAGGAGGUGGCCCGGCUGUUUGGCAACGAGCGGAGGCGGUCCCAGGUCAUUGAGAAGUUCGAGGCCCUGGAUGUCGAGCGAGCAGAGCACAUGGAGACCAGCCUGCCCGCGGGGCCCAUGACGGGGGACGACGGCCGCCAGGGCCGCAGCGAGAAGAGGGUCUUCCCCCGCAGGCGGGACGUCACCGUGGAGGCCAGCACAGCCCCUCUCCCGGACACGGCGGCCACCCCCCUGUCUCCACAGCGGAGAGCCAAGUCCCUGGACAGGAGGUCCUCGGAGCCCUCCGCGACGCCCGACCUGCUGAAUUUCAAGAAAGGCUGGCUGACCAAGCAGUACGAGGAUGGCCAGUGGAAGAAACACUGGUUUGUCCUGGCAGAUCAAAGCCUGAGGUUCUACCGGGACUCUGCGGCCGAGGAGGCCGCGGACCUGGACGGAGAGAUCGACUUGUCCACAUGUGUCGACGUCACCGAGUGCCCGGUGCAGAGGAAUUACGGUUUCCAGGUUCACACGAAGGAGGGCGCAUUCACUCUCUCAGCCAUGACGUCCGGAAUCCGGCGGAACUGGAUGCAGACCAUCAGGAAACACGUGCACCCGGCCGCUGCCCCCGACGUGACGAGCUCCUUGCCAGAGGAGAAGGACAAGAGCAGCUCGUCUCCGGAGAGCAGCCCGAGGCCGCGGGAGGUGCAGGAGCCAGGCCCCGGGGAGCCCGAGGCUGAGCCACGGAGGAGCCGCGCCCGGGAGCGGCGGCGGGAAGGCCGCUCCAAGACCUUCGACUGGGCCGAGUUCCGCCCCUCACAGCAGGCCCUGACCCAGGGGGCACCCGGGGAGCUGGAGCGCGAGCGGGCGCGGCGGCGGGAGGAGCGGCGCAAGCGCUUCGGGAUGCCAGACGCCGCAGACGGCCAGAGCGCGGACGACCCAGGCCUGCGGAUGGACGUGGACCGCAGCCCCGGGCCCCCGGGGGCCACUGACACCCCGGCGCCCAGCGUGCACGCGGAGAUCGAGCAGCGGUGGCUGCAGGUGGAGACCACGCCCCUGCGCGAGGAGAGGCAGGUGCCCAUCGCCCCCCUGCGCCUGCCCGGUGAGGACGGGGGCGGCCGGCUGCCCCCCCACGCGCUGACCGCCCUGCUGGAGAAGGAGCUGGAGCAGAGCCAGAAGGAGGCCUCUGACCUUCUGGAGCAGAACCGGCUCCUCCGGGACCAGCUGCGCGUGGCCCUGGGCCGGGAGCAGAGUGCCCGGGAGGGCUACGUGCUGCAGACUGAAGUGGCCACCUCCCCAUCGGGCGCCUGGCAGAGGCUCCAUAAAGUCAACCAAGAUCUGCAAAGUGAGCUCGAGGCCCAGUGCCAGCGCCAGGAGCUGAUCAGUCGCCAGAUCCAGGCCCUGAAGCGCAGCCACGGGGAGGCCAAGGAUGUGAUCCGCCACCACGAGGCCGAGAUCCAGGGCCUGCGGGCUCGGCUCGGCAACGCCGCCACCGAGCUGGCCGCUAAGGAGCAGGCGCUGGCCAAGCUCAGGAGCGACCUGCAGCAGGAGAGGGACAAGGGCCGUGAGCAGCUGGAGGAGUGGCGGCACAGCGAGGCCACACUGAGCGGCCAGCUGCAGGCCAGUGAGCAGCAGCUGCAGGGCGCCGAGGCCCGGCUGCUGGAGAAGACGCAGGAGCUGCGGGGCCUGGAGGUGCAGCAGGCGCUGCAGCGGGACCGGCAGAAGGAGGUGCAGCGGCUGCAGGAGCGCAUCGCUGAGCUUGGCCGGCAGCUCAGUGCCAGCGAGCAGGCCCAGCGGCUGGCAGAGGAGAAGCUGCAGCAGAACUACGGUCUGCUGCUGGAGAGCUGCGAGGGGGAGAAGCAGGUGCUGCUGCAGAGCCUGAAGGAGGCAGAGGACAAGGCCCGUGCCUACGAGGACCGGCUGCAGGGCCACGAGCAGCAGGUGGAGGCCCUCCAGAAAGAGAGGCUGAGCGCCAGGCUCGAGGGCAGCGAGAUGGUGCGCCAGCUAGAGGAGCAGCUGGAGGCGAAGGAAGCUGGCAUCCGGAAGCUCGCGGAGCACAUCCAGAGCCUCAGGGGUGAGCGGGACCUGAGCAGGCAGCGGGUGCAGGAGCUGACGGAGCAGGUCGCUGCGUCCGACCGGGCCCUGGCUGACCUUCGGGAGGUGCUUCAGGGCAGGGAGGCGGCUUACCACAGCCUGGAGAGCGCCCACAGGGAUGCGUCGGGGCAGCUACGCGUCACGCACGCCCGGCUCCAGGAGAAGGAGGACGAGCUGGCGCGCAUCAAGGAGCUGCACGAGGCUCUGGUUAAAGUGGCCGCCCGGGGCAGCAGCUCAGAGGAGGCAGAAGCCAAGCUCCAGGCAGAGGGGGAAAGCGUGAGGAAGUCGGCGGAUGCGUCUUCAAAGGACACGGGGGGGCCUCGAACCACGCUCGAAGUGCAAGACGGGGGCCAGCAGCCCCAAGCCGCGGGGACGCCCCUGGGCCCCCCACAGCCCAGGCUCGAGGAUGAGGAUCCGGGGGCUGGCCUUGGGGAGGAAGGGGGGGCUGGCAGCCCCAGUGGAGAAGCUGGCACGGAGCCCCCGGCAUCGGGAGAGGGGCCCAACAAGGAGGGGCUGCCCCAAGGCACAGCCAGGCCGGACCAGGGCCUCCCUGGUGUGAAGAGGCAAAGAAUCCGCUUCUCCACAAUCCAGUGCCACAGAUACAUCCACGCCGACGGGUCGGAGAAGGCCUGGGCCAGCAGCACGUCUCCGGACACGAGCCAGGACAGGUCGCCCUCGGAGGACAGCAUGUCCUUGGAGCCUGCCCCUGGCAUGCUCCCCGGAGCGGGCGACCCGGAGACCUACGUGUCCAUCAUCCACGCCCUGGAGACCAAGCUCUACGUCACCGAGGAGAAGCUCAAGGACGUGACGAUGAAGCUGGAGGGCCAGCAGGGCCAGAACCAGGAGGCCCUGGCCGCACUGCACCACCAGUGGGCCGGCACCGAGGCUCAGCUCCGUGAGCAGCUGCAGGCCAGCCUGGCCCAGGUCAGCACCCUGGCCUCCCAGCUGGAGCAAGAGGGCCGGGAGAGGGCACAGGGGGCUGGGGAUCACUGCAGGGAGCUCAAGGACUUCCAGCGGAAAAACAGCCAGGCCCUGACUUUCUUAGGAAACUGCCGAGAGCAGCUGAGAGCCCUGCUACAGCCUGGCCAGGAGGAGGAGGCUGGCAGCUGCAGGGCCUCUCUGGCUAGUGUGGAAGGCUUUGUGGUGGGUGCCAUGCAGGCUUUGCAGUCCCCACUGGCUCCUGCAGAUGGCACACCGCAGGCCCAGCUCGAGGAAGGAAGCUCCGGAGAUGAAGGGAAGUCAGCCUCUCAGGGGCAGCCCCGAGAGCCUGUGCUGACAGAGCAGGAGCAGCUGAAGCUCUUGUCCGAGCAGAUAGCCCUGGAAGCCUCGUUGAUAAACCAAAUAGCAAACUCCUUGAAAAACACAACAUCCGACGUGUCUCGUGUUCUGCGGGAGAUCUCACAGUCAGGGAAGUCGCUGCUGGAGUCUGAGAGCGCCACAGCUCGUCCUGGCACUGCAGCCGACACUUUGGCAGAGAAGUUGCUGGUGGACAGGGAGUUCUGGAGCCAGGUUGAGUCUCUGAGUAAGCACCUGGGGGCACCGGGAGCAGAGGCGGCCGGUGCACCCGAGGCGGGGUGGCUGGAUCUCCCACGAGCCCUGGAUCCUGCUCUGGCGGGCGCCAUGCUGAUCAGGGCAGAGCUCAGCUUUGUCGCCCAGUCGGUGAGCGAGUCCUUCCACCAGAGACUAAGGCGUGUUCAAGAAAACCUCCAGGGCACCAAGGUGGCCCUCGAGCAGCACAAACGCCUGCUGGGGCAGCUCCUGGAAGCCUACCAGACCCCGGAUUUCGAGAGAGCAAUACAGCAGGCGUCAGAAGCCCUCGGGCCCCCGGCAGGUGCUGCGGAAGGCGUGCAGCCACCCUGGGGCGCCAGCCCUGCAGGAGACGCACCCAGCUCGGAGCCCGGCAGCUCCCCGGUGCCCUCCCGCUCGCCCGAGCCCGGCCCUGGGACCCUCGCCGCCGUGCAGGAAGAGCUUGCCCGGCAGCUGGAGGAGAAGGCCCGCCUCCUGGGCGAGAUCUCCGCCGCGCUGGCCUCACUUCCCCCUGGGGAGCCGGUGCCCGGCUGCCAGAGGCUUCUCCAGGUGUCGCGCGCGUGCUCGGGAGGUCUCGGCCGCUACUCCUCCUCCCUGGUUCAGGACGCGGUGCUCCAGGCCCAGGUGUGCUACGCGGCCUGCAGGGUCCGGCUGCAGCACGAGCAGGAGCUGCGGCUGCUGCGGGACGCCGCGGGCAGGGGGCAGGCUCCGGACGCCCUGCGGGAGGAAUACGAGGUCCCGCUCCGGACGCAGAGGAGCAUGUACCUGGAAGCGAUGGCCCUCGUCCAGAGGGAGGAUGCCGAGCUCAAGGCUGGGUCUGCGCAGCUGGAAGGGGCGGAGGAGGAGAUGGGGUGCGAGGCGGGCGCCCCAGGGCUCGGGGGCCUACGGGACACGGCGCGGCACCACCUGGAGCAGAUGCAGACCCUGGAGAACAGGUUCCAGCUCAAAGUGAGGGAGCUGCAGGUGAUCCACGAGGAGGAGCUGCGGGCCUUCCAGGAGCACCACACCCAGAGCCUGCAGAGCCUACGGGAGGCCCUGCGCUGCUGCCGGGCACAGCCCCCGCCAGCUCUGCAGCCGCCCGGCACCGCACAGGGCCCCGACCCCGCCCCAGGGCUGCGGGAGCGGGUGCAGGAGCUGGAGGCCCAGACGUUUGUCAUGCGCGAGGAGCUGGAGCUGCGGGGCCUGGAGGGCGGGGCCGCCGCGCUGCGGGAGAAGUACCGGAAAGACUUGGAGAACCUCAAGGCCACAUGUGAGCGGGGGUUUGCAGCGAUGGAGGAGACGCACCAGAAGAAGAUCGAGGACUUGCAGAGGCAGCACCAGCGGGAGCUGGAGAAGCUGCGCGAGGAGAAGGACCGGCUCCUGGCUGAGGAGACAGCGGCCACCAUCUCAGCCAUCGAGGCCGUGAAGAACGCCCACCGCGAGGAGCUGGAGCGUGAGCUGGAGAAGAGCCAGCGCUCCCAGAUCAGCAGCGUCAACGCAGACAUCGAGGCGCUGCGGCGGCAGUAUGUCAGGGAGGAGCUGCGGUCGGUGCAGCGGGAGCUGGAGGUGCUGUCGGAGCAGUACUCGCAGAAGUGUCUGGAGAACGCCCACCUGGCCCAGGCGCUGGAGGCCGAGCGGCAGGCCCUGCGGCAGUGCCAGCGCGAGAACCAGGAGCUCAACGCCCACAACCAGGAGUUAAACAACCGCCUGGCUGCAGAGAUCACCCGGCUGCGGACCCUGCUGACUGGGGACGGCGGCGGGGAGGCUGCCAGCUCGCCCCUCACGCAGGGCAAGGACGCCUACGAGCUCGAGGUCUUGCUGCGGGUCAAGGAAUCGGAAAUCCAGUACCUGAAGCAGGAGAUCGGCUCCCUCAAGGACGAGCUGCAGACGGCGCUGCGGGACAAGAAGUAUGCGAGCGACAAGUACAAGGACAUCUACACGGAGCUGAGCAUCGUGAAGGCCAAGGCGGACUGUGACAUCAGCAGGUUGAGAGAGCAGCUCAAGGCGGCCACGGAGGCCCUGGGCGAGAAGCCCCCUGAAAGCCCCCCCGUGCCAGGAUACGACAUAAUGAAAUCUAAAAGCAACCCUGACUUCUUGAAGAAAGACACAUCCUGCGUCAGCCGGCAGCUCCGAAAUAUCAGGUCAAAGAGCCUGAAGGAGGGCCUGAGCGUGCAGGAGCGGCUGAAGCUCUUUGAAUCCAGGGACGUGGAGAAGGACUAGCUGCCCCACCCCGCCGAGCACCCCCUGCUUGCGGCCGCACCGUGGGCACCGCUGUCUGCACCCGUACCCGCUACGCUGCCACCGUCCUCGUCAGCUAGGGCUCCGGAUGGUCCACGCCGUCCCCUGCCGCGUGGCUCAGACUCUCGUCCCCACCUGAGCUCCCCUUCCCCCGGUGUGUGGACAGGAGUCGGGGGGCUGGGCCGGGCCGCCCACCCCCACCCUGUGCACUCAGCGUCAGUAUUAAGGCUGCACGCCCGGCCGUCAGCUCUCCGUCAGCUCUGUCCUCCCGCCUGCGCCAUGCGGAGGGGCCUGCGGGUGGCGGCAGCGGUUUGGGGCUGGGGGCGCGUGGGGGACAGGCCGCAGCAGCCAUGGGGGAGCGGGAGGGGGUGGCGUCCUGGGCUCAUUCCACCGAAGCAGCUCAGAACCACGUCCCGUGGCGCUGGGGUGGGCCUGUCACAACCCAGAAAACUGCUGGACGCAACCGUUCCUAAUUUUGUUUUUUAUUAAAUCUUGCACAAAACCCCA